AGCAAUGGCGCGACCGUGAGCGCCGCUGACGGGAGUCAGGAGGACCGGCUGGGAAGAGGCUCGGGCGAGAUCCAGCCAGGAGAAACCCGGAAGGCCAAGGCCGCCCGAAUCGGAGCGGCGGCUGGGGGCGCGAGGCCCCUCCUGGUCCGGACAUCCGCCCGCGACCAAGCUCCCGCCUCUUCCCCAGAUGCCGCGUCACUGCUCCGCCGCCGGCUGCUGCACUCGGGAUACGCGCGAAACGCGCAACCGCGGCAUCUCCUUUCACAGACUUCCCAAAAAGGAUAACCCAAGGCGUGGCUUGUGGCUGGCCAACUGCCAGAGGCUGGACCCCAGCGGCCAGGGCCUAUGGGACCCAGCAUCCGAGUACAUCUACUUCUGCUCCAAACACUUCGAAGAGAACUGCUUUGAACUGGUGGGAAUCAGUGGGUAUCACAGGCUGAAGGAGGGGGCAGUUCCCACGAUAUUUGAGACUUUCUCCAAAUUGCGCCGGACAACCAAGAGCAAGGGGCACAAUUACACACCUGGCCCCCCUGAUGUCAGCCGGCUCCGGCGAUGCAGGAAGCGCUACUCGGAGGGCCGAGGGCCCACAACUCCUUUCUCUCCACCUCCACCUGCUGAUGUCUCCUGCUUUCCUGUGGAAGAGGCCUCAGCACCUGCUGCUUUGCCUUCUUCUCCCACUGGAAGGCUGGAGCCUGGCCUCAGCAGCCCCUUCUCAGACCUCCUGGGGCCCCUGGGUGCCCAAGCGGAUGAAGCGGGCUGUAGCACUCAGCCUUCACCAGAGCGAGAGCCAGAGCGGCAGCCAUCCCCUCUUGAGCCGCGGCCUGUCUCACCCUCAGCCUACAUGCUGCGCCUUCCACCACCCGCUGGAGCCUACAUCCAGAAUGAGCACAGCUACCAGGUGGGCAGUGCCCUGCUCUGGAAGCGGCGGGCUGAGGCUGCACUUGAUGCUCUGGACAAGGCCCAGCGCCAGCUGCAAGCCUGCAAGCGGCGGGAACAGCGGCUGCGGCUGCGGCUGACCAAGCUGCAGCAGGAGAGGGCACGGGAGAAGCGGGCACAGGCGGAUGCUCGUCAGACUCUGAAGGAGCACGUGCAGGACUUUGCCAUGCAGCUGAGCAGCAGCAUGGCCUGAGAGGCCACUGGACCCAGGGCUGAGGGUUUGCCCGUCAGGGCUCUGGCCUCUUCCUCAGUAUACACCUAGAGAAGGACUUGAUCUAAGCUGCAUCCACCAAAUGCCGUAAUAAAGAGGAUUUCUGAAGGAGGCCCUGUA